AUGAAUUCAAGAAAAGAUAUGGAGAUUUGGGACGAAGACAAAACCAUUUCAAAGCUAAGAGAACUUCUACAAGAAAAAAGGUAUCUUGUUAUCAUUGAUGAUAUAUGGUCUAUAGUGGCAUGGAAUGCUAUCAAUUGUGCAUUUCCGGAGAACAGCUGUUCUAGCAGAAUUGUAGCUACUACACGCAUAUUGGAAGUAGCUAGCUCUUGUUGUCCAGGUCCUGAUGACCAGAUCUAUGAAAUGAAACCUCUAAGUGACCCUCACUCUGAAAGACUAUUUUUCAGAAGAAUCUUUGGCUCAGAGAAUUGCUGCCCUCACAUGUUUAUUGAAGUUUCAAAAGCUAUCUUGAAAAAGUGUGGAGGCCUACCAUUGGCAAUUAUCAGUAUAUCUGGUCUACUAGCUAACAGACCACGUGUCAAAAAAGAGUGGGAGAAGGUGAAAAGAUCAAUUAGUUCUGACUUGAACAAAAACCAGAGUCUAGAGGGAAUGAAAAAUAUACUGUCCUUGAGCUAUAAUGAUCUUCCACCAAACCUCAAGACCGUCUUGUUGUACUUAAGUAAUUACCCUGAGGAUUAUGUGAUUGGCAGAGAAAGGUUGGUGAGGCAAUGGAUUGCGGAAGGCUUUAUUUCUGAAGAGCGUGGGAGGAGCUGUCAAGAGGUUGCUGAAAGUUAUUUUUAUGAGCUUAUCAAUAAAAGCCUGGUCCAACCAGUGGACAUUCGUUAUGAUGGAAUGGUUGGUGCCUGUCGAGUUCAUGACAUGAUGCUUGAACUUAUCAUUUCAAAAUCCAUUGAAGAAAAUUUCAUCACUGUGGUAAACGGCAGGCAAACUGUUUGGGAAAAUUUGCAUUGUUCUAUUCGACGAUUAUCAAUCCAGGACAUUGACCAGGAGCUUGCAUCUGAAUUGGCAAAGAAAGAUCUAAGCCAUGUCAGAUCUCUUAUAAUAACUGCAUCAGGAUGGGUCAAACACUUGCCCAGUCUUACUAAGUUUGAAACUUUACGUGUACUAGAUUUUGAAGGUUGUCAGGGCCUGGCAGAGUAUGAUAUGGAUGGUAUGAAAAACCUGUUCCAGCUAAAGUACCUAAGCUUUAACCGCACAGGCAUAUCGGAGCUACCAUGUGGAAUUGUGAUGCUACAUGAUCUAAAGACGCUUGAUUUUAGGAAUACAAUAGUCAAAGAAUUGCCUUCUAGAAUUGUUCAGCUAACUAAACUACAACAUCUACUCAGUGGCUCAAAUCAGUGGAAGCUACCAAUCGGGAUUGGGAAUAUGAAAAACUUAAGGGAGAUCACAGGCUUUGACAUUACCAUGAGUUCAGUAGGUGCAAUGAAGGAGCUAGGGAGCCUGAUCAAUUUGAAGGUACUCCGUGUACGGUUCAUCGUGAAAGAUGAAGAAUCUCAAGAGUACAAGAGUCAUGCAGAGAUGAUUCAUUCCUCACUAUGCAAGCUUGGCAGCUACAAACUCCAGUCCGUGUGGAUAUGUGGUGAUAAUUCAUCUCCAUUCAAGUUAUUAGAUUCCUGGUCUCCUCUUCCAUCUUGCCUCCAAAGAUUUGGGAUGAGCACCCUGUACUGUUUAUCAAAACUGCCAAACUGGAUUACUCCGGCACUCACCAGUCUUGCAUACCUAGAUAUUAAUUUAAGUGUAAUAACAGAGGAGGUUCUUGGCAUACUUGGAGAGCUGCCUGCAUUACUAUCUCUGAAACUUUGUACCAACACGGUCCAUAAAGACAGGCUUGUUUUGCAAGGCAGAGGAUUCCGAUGUUUGAAGGAGUUCCUUUAUCAACCUUUUGGUGAAGGUGCAGGGAUCCUUCUGUUUGAGGAAGGGGCACUGCCAAAGCUCGAGAAGCUUAAGCUGUGUUUCUUUGUGUCAAUGGCAAAGGCCUAUGGGUUCUACUUAGGUAUUGAUCACCUCCCAUAUCUGAAAGAUGUACAAGUUACUCUUGAGAACGGGGAUGCCACACCUCCUGAAGUUGAGGCUGCAGAAGUUGCCAUAAGGAAGGAAGCAAAUCUCCAAGCUUCCUGGCGGGCUGACAUUCCAUCUCUGUAG